AUGGUCAAUUUUUACCGUCGGUUCCUACCGAACUGUGCUGACCUCAUGCUGCCGCUCACCAACAUGCUAACUGGUCCCAAAGGCCCCCUCGAGCUGACUCGUGAAGCACUAACUGCUUUAGAGAGAAUCAAGAAUUCUCUUGCCGAUGCCACCUUACUCACGCAUCCCGUUCCCGAAGCUCAGCUGUCUCUGAUGGUAGAUACUUCGACCGUAGCCGUUGGUGCAGUCCUUCAACAACACCUUGCUGGUUCGACUCAACCACUUGCCUUUUUCUCCAAAAAGCUCUUACCAGCUGUGACACGCUACAGCACCUUUGGCCAGUUACCUGGCUGAGAAGCAUUUCCGUCAUUUCCUUGAAGGUCGUGACCUCACUGUCUUCACUGACCACAAACCGUUGACUUUUGCACUUCGUUCCCACUCCGACAAGUACAAUCCGAGGGAAAUCGCCCACCUGGACUACAUCUCUCAACUCACCACCGACGUCCGCCACAUUGAUGGCACGAAGAAUGAGGUGGCUGAUAUGCUGUCCAGACCCUCACUGUCUUCCCUCCAACUCUUACACGGGAUCGAUCUUUGUGCCAUGGCGGCUGAGCAACAGCGAGUCGGUUGUCCUGGUGACGAGUCUGUUGGUGGUCUUCUACUCAAAGACGUUCCUCUGAUCACUGGCUCUGGUACCAUACUUUGUGACGUCUCAACUCCCUUUCACCGCUCUUUUGUGCCCGCCUCGAUGCGUCGAGCUGUAUUUCAAACUUUGCAUGGACUCUCCCACCCAGGGAUCCGAGCCCCUCAAAAGCUCCUUGCAGAAAGGUUUGUCUGGCCUGGCAUGAAGAAGGACGUCAAAGCUUGGGCUCGGUCGUGUCUGAGCUGCCAGCUCAACAAUUUACAGCGUCACAAAAAGUCCCCACCAGGCACUUUCCCCAGUCCCGACGCACGGUUCAGCCAUGUGCACCUGGAUGUCGUAGGUCCCUUGCCUCCAUCCAGUGGUUUCACUCACCUCCUUACCUGUGUCGAUCGAUAUACUCGCUCGGCUGAAGCUAUUCCUUUGCCGAAUGUUCAGGCUGAAACCAUCGUGAAGGCCUUCGUCAGUCGUUGGAUCGCCAUGUUCGGUGCCCCAUCCACGGUUACGACUGAUCGUGUUGCCCAGUUUGAGUCGGCACUCUUCCAAACGCUACUUAAUUUCCUUGGCUGCACACGCAUUCGGACGACAGCCUACCACCCAGCUGCCAACGGUAUGGUGGAACGUUUCCAUCGUCAGCUAAAGACCGCCCUGCGUGCCGUAGAAGACCCAGGGAACUGGUCGGACAACCUUCCUCUUGUAUCCCGCGACAUCCGCGCAGCUGAAUUAGUUUUCGGCACUACACUCCCACUGCCAGGCGAGAUGAUCACUCCAACCUCUCGUGGCGCCGACGAGACUCCUGACAAUCUUUUGCACCGUUUGCGGCAAUUUAUGCGCUCGCUUUCCCCGGUUCCACCUCGAGCUUCAAUGACUGAGUCUUAUGUCGAAAAAGACUUGGACAAGUGUACUCAUGUGCUCGUCCGGUAUGACCGUGUGCGCCAGCCGCUGGAAUCACCAUACGAAGGACCGUUCCGCGUGCUCGCGCGCAACACCGAGACCUUCCGGAUUCUUCGCAGUGACAAGGAGGACGUGGUCAGUGUCGAUCGGGUCAAGGCUGCUGUUGCAGAGGAGCCGCCGGACCCGUACAAAAGACCAAAAUGUGCUGACCCUCUAACCCCUGUUCCUGAAAUCUUCCCUAUCCCCUGCUCAUUCGCCCUGCCCACUUACUCACCCUUCCCCUCCCUUGCCCUCUACCCCUCCGUCCAGUAUACUUCCUUUGCCCCUAUGUCCGCAACCCACAACUGCAACUACUCCUUCAUCAACCAACAACACUGUAAUCGCGAGCCAUACUCACUCUACUCCUGUGCCCCCUGUAUAUAUCACCCGUAG